CUGUGACUUGUCACCCCAGACAUGCCAUACAAGCCAAAAAUUCUAGUUUAAGUUUUCUCUUUUUUUUUGUAUCAAUGUAUUAUUUCAAUAAUAACGAUAAUAGCUCCAGCGAACACCAUUCUCAACAUAACCAUGACGGACCGUUAUUUAGUCAACCUUUAGACCCAUCUACAUUAAGUGGCCCAUUAGCAGAUUAUGACAAUAUCAUUACUGACCCUUUAUUUGAUUCAAAUCAUAAUUGGGACUUUUACUCACAGCAACAACUUGAUCCUCAACAAGAAGCAAUUUUGUUAAACGACCCAAAUUUUUUGCGUCAACAUCAAUUACUGCAUGACCAGCAAAAAGAAUUACAUUCUCGUUUACUUCAUGAUGAUGAAAGGCCGGAACAAGUCUCAAAUCUUACUGCCAUGUUUGAGCCAAUUGUUGUCAAAAUAGAACAGGAGGAAGAUCAAGAUAAGAAAUCGAAAAGGAUUAACCAUAGACGACAGCAGGUAGUGAUGAAAACUACAAUCAAUGACGAUGAUAAGGUCGAUCAUCAGCGUCGUUUCAAUGAAUUGCAAGCUCGUUUUAGAGUGAAUUAUGCGCGUAAGCCAUCUGUACAGCAAACAUCCAAUAAUAUGAAGCCAGCUUCUAGUAAAACACCUAAACAGUCUUUGUUACCUCAGCAACAGGCAUUACAAGAUAAGCCAUCGCUUUCACUGGAGCCUACUACUACUCCUGCUACUGUAAAUGCUGCUAAUCAUACUACCACCACUGCUUCUGCUACUACUGCGGCUAAUGCGGCUGUUUCUGUUAGUAGUCAAGUGAUGACAGAUGAAGAAUUGUCUAGUUCGUUCCCGUCUCGCACUAUGCCAAUCCAGAUUCAAAGAGUGCCAAGAUUAAAUAGUUUGCAACCUUUCGAUGCCGAAUCACAUCAGAAGCAAUUAGACAAUCAAUUGGAUAAAGUGGAUUUCGAUGAUAUCACAGUGUCAGAAUUAAAAGAGAUGUUGAGACAGAGAGGUAAACCAGCAACUGGUAAGAAAGCUGUUUUAUUACAAAGACUACAAGAAGAGAGAGAUCUUUCAAAAGGUGGGAGAAGUGCAGGAAGUUAUGGUAGUACAGGUAGUGGUGGUAGAUUAUUAUCCAACCGACAUUCGCAACCAGUUCCUUUCUCGCGCUCUAUAAAUAUCGAUACACCUCAAAGACCAAGAUCAUUCCAAAGCAGUUCACCAGUCAUGAUUCAUAACCCAGAUAACAGUUCACCUAUCCAUACUAUUUCACCUUCUUCGCCAGGCGCUUCGUUACACCGAUCCAUUGCAAAUAUGCAUAUCGGCUCACCGCCUGCCAUUUCUAGAAGAUAUUCCCCUUAUUCGCCAAGACUUAGCUCAUCACCUAAACCCGUUCAUCAUGAAUACUCUUCCUCUGUACCUUUGACAAUGGGCGAAUCUCCUAAUAACAAUACACUUACUACACCUAAUAAUACUACUAAUAAUAAUAACAACAUCAAUAGCAACAACUAUAACAACAACAAUAUGAUGUUGUCUUCAUCUUAUUCCGUAAGAUCUUCUUGUCGAUACUAUAAUAACCCAAAGACAUACAAACCGUUCAUGUCUUCUGCAUUAGCAACACCCGAUAGAGAAGAGGACGUAAAUCCAUUUGAUAGUUUCUAUGCUCGUGGAAGUGGUGAUGCUCCUAUUAAAGAAGAAGACACCAGUGAAUUUAGUAACUAUUAUGGGGAUGCAGGAACUCGACCUGUUCAUGAGGGAGAGAUGCAUUCAUUUGGUCCCGGGGAACCUGUUGAAGGCAACAUGGAUUGGAUCGAUCCAACCGCAUUUGAAAACAUUCUACAACAACAAGUUUCUCACGAUCAAUUACUUUCGAACGAUCAAAUUAUGGCCAUGAUAAAUACGCAACAACAGGCUUUUGAUUUCAGGUUGGACGAUAGUAACUUCAGUCAUCCAUAUUAUCAUCAAUAGAUCGAGAUUUUUCUCUCCCAUUAAUAUAUACAUCUUUGUACAUUAUCUACACCUCAGUUUUUUUUUCUACUCCCUUUUUUUGCACAUUUGUCACUCUUCCCAACCCCCUUUAAAUAAACAGUUUUUAAUAUCCCACGUCUCAUCGCAUCAUCCUAUUUGAUUGGUCGGUAUUUAGUUAAAGUGUUGCAAAUGUCAAAC